AUGGACACACGAAGAGUCGACCAUGUUGCCCGGGACACGGGACUGAUGCUAUUCGAGACACACCCAGAUGUGCAAGAUGCCUUCCUUCCAUUCCGAGGUCUCUCCACGACGGACAUGGAACAGAGCGCCAUCUUGCGGCAUGCUCUGCGUGUUAUGAUGACAGUUGACAAGUGCCUCAACAGGAUUGACAGUCCUUCCAAGAUCGAGGGCAUGGGUGAACUUGGCCGUAGACAUAUAAACUACAAUGUCAAGGCCGAGUACAUUGACAUGAUGGGCGAACAGUUUAUAUAUGCACUGAGAUCCAACCUGGAUGACCGCUGGAGCCCUGAGCUGGAGAAGGCGUGGGUUGCCUUGUUCAGCAUGAUGAAGUUUUACAUGAGACGGGGCCUUGCAGAGAAACACAACUAAACAGGAAAUAUGUAUGCGAAACAUGAGAGGGGAAACCUUCAGUGUAAAUACCUGCGUGAUUCAUGUAGCUAUGUAUGUGACAAGGUUUUGUAAAUGACCUGAGUGCAGCUGCUGACAUGUUGCAAAAACGAUUUUUCGAAAGCGUCGUUUUGCCUCGUCAACAUUUAGGGAAAGCGUCGAGUUCUGACGGAAAGCGCCAAUCGGAACACACCACAGGAUCAGACAAUCAGGAAAAUCAAUCGGCUUUCAUAUCAACAAAUGUAUGUGUAAAUGGUGUAUGUAGCAGAUCGUUGGAUGUGACUUCGUGGCGGAUAUCAGUUUCUGUGCAUUCAAAGCUACCUCCAAAACUGCUCUGCCUUGUGAUAUUACCUUCUUUGGUGAGAGAAAAGUUAGAAAUAUGCAUCUUCCUAGAUACGCCGUGUAGUCAGAAAUACUUUGAGUGUGUGAAUAUAUAUAUAUAUGUCAUUUGAUUGGAAUA